AUGCGGGAGGCUAGCCCUACUAGUUCACCGCCUCUUGAGGCUUUGCCAAUACAGAAAAAUACCUCCUUCACUUCAAACAAACCACACGAUUCACCUCCACUUGCAAACGAAACAUCAACUCCAAAGACGUUCGCUCCUGUAGAUGCUGCACAAGGAUUGCCCCUCACUGGUCGUGUCAUCUCUGCCGCAUGCUUCUUACCCUACACACUUGGCUAUCGUCACGGGGGGGAGUGGGAGGUUGGCAAUAGAAGAGGCUCGUCCGCGCUCUAUGACUCUCUCAAGAGGCUCGGCGAUGGCGGCUGGGAGAGGGUGCUCGUCGGCUGGACCGGAGAGGUUCGGGAACUCAAGGGGGAGACAAAUGCGGAUGUAGGCGGUGGCCCGGGCUCUGUAAAUACGAGUCAGGCCAGAGGGUUGAAAAGGGCUAUGAGUUAUCACGUUUCUCCACCUGUUCCCGUGAUUAAUGAUGGUGGGAAUAGAAUGACCAUGAAGGGGGCGUACGGGAAGAAGGAGGAAGACGAAACAAUCAGAAUCAGUAAAGAAGAUAGGGAAGCGGCCGAGACGGCGCUCGCUGAGAAAGGCAAGGAGAAUGGGUGGGGUGAUAUCAAGCCUGUGUGGUUGGGUGAUGACGAGAAAGGCUUGCCUAUCGCUGGCGUUGAUCGGUGGAGGGACUAUGCUGAGAGAGUGAUUUGGCCGUUGUUCCACUACAUACUUCCUCAACAUGUUUCAUCGAAGGAGGAAGCUGCUUUGGAGGAGAGAGCUUGGUGGCGCGAUUACCGCCUCUUUAGUGAUGCCUUCGCAGACGCAAUUAUCAAAGUUUACAAAGAGGGAGACAUCAUUUGGAUUCACGACUACCACCUACUCAUUCUCCCAGAGCUACUGCGUCAACGCCUUGGCAAGGACGCCUAUAUUGGAUUGUUUGUCCACACUCCUUGGCCAACGAGUGAGAUCUUCCGUGUCCUCCCAAGGAGAAAGGCAAUUCUCGUGGGAAUGCUGGCUUCAAACAUGGUCGCCUUCCAGUCGGAACCUUAUAAGCUACACUUCAUCAUGUGUUGUAAGAAGCUGUUGGAUUUGACAGAGAGCUCGGAUAGAGAAGGGAGGGCGAAAGGCGUCAAUGCAUUUGGUGCGCAUUGUGCAGUCGAGGCCUUGCCAAUUGGAAUCGAUGCGGAGAAGGUUCUCAAAUUAGCGGAGGGGCCCAAUGUCGCAGCGAAGAUGGAGACUAUCAGAAAAGCGUACGAGGGCAUGCACAUUAUUGUUGGCAGGGAUAGACUCGAUAGUGUUCGCGGUGUGGUGCAGAAGUUGAGGGCAUUCGAAAUGUUCCUGGAGAGGCAUCCGGAAUUCAUUGGUCAGGUUGUAUUAAUACAAGUAACGUCACCAUCAUCGCUUUCCCAAUCCUCGACCAUUGAGCAUCAAGUUGCCGAACUUGUCUCCCACAUCAAUGGAAAGUAUGGGUCUCUGCAUUAUUCACCAGUGCACCACUACCCACAAUAUCUCGAUCCGGAUGAGUACUUUGCACUCCUCCGCGUCGCUGAUCUGGGAUUGAUCACUUCUAUUCGCGAUGGAAUGAAUACCACCUCGCUGGAAUAUAUUAUCUGCCAGCAGGAGACACAUGGACCGGUGAUCCUGUCGGAGUUCACGGGAACCGCCGAGAGCCUAACCGAUGCGGUGAUUGUGAACCCGACCAACACCAUUGGUGUGGCAGAGGCAAUCGCAACUUGCCUCAACUUAACCCCCGUUGAUAAGAGCAAGCUUCAAAGCAAACUCUAUAAAUACGUGAUUACAAACACGGUACAAUCGUGGAAUAGUGCCUUCCUUGGAAAACUUAUCAUGGAACUCUCUUACAACCAGAGUCGCCCGCUCACACCUGCUCUCGACCUGAAGAGAUUAUACACUAUGUACAAUGAGACGGAGAAGGACUUGAAGAGAGGAGAAGUCGGCGAACGGAUCUUCAUGCUCGACUACGACGGCACGUUAACUCACAUCAUGGAUGAUCCUGUACAGGCCACACCCUCCGACAAAGUUGUUAGGUGCAUCAAGAAGCUCGCGCAGCAACAGGGAAACAGAGUCUGGGUAAUCUCCGGCCGUGACCAAGCGUUCCUGGAAAAGUGGCUCGGCCACAUUAGCGAGUUGGGACUCAGCGCUGAACACGGCUGCUUCAUGCGCGAGCCGGGUUCCGACAAAUGGGUCAAUCUGGCGGAAAGAAUGAACAUGUCAUGGAGCGCUUUGUGCAUUGACAUAUUCAACUGGUAUACCGAACGCACGCCCGGUUCCUUUGUCGAACGCAAAAACGUAGCGGUAACCUGGCACUACCGUCGUUCUGACCAACAACUCGGCGAAUUCCAAGCAAAAGAGUGCAUGGCGGAACUAGAGUCCGCGAUGAAAGAGCGAGGCUAUGACGUGGAAGUGAUGACCGGCAAAGCAAACCUAGAAGUCCGCCCGCGCUUCGUCAACAAGGGUGAGAUAGCCAGAAAAUUAGUCGCCGAAGCAGAAAGCACGCCUGCUAUGGUGUUUUGCGCGGGUGAUGAUACUACUGACGAAGAUAUGUUUCGCGCACUCCAACAAUCAGACUUGCCCAAGGAGAGACUAUUCACUGUGACCGUUGGCCCGUCGUCGAAGCCGACUGAGGCUAAUUACCAUCUACUUGAGGCGGAGAACGUGAUUGAAUGUGUGGGAUUGCUAGUGGGGACAGUGAAGCCGAGGGACUUGGGGGUUAUCGUGUAGGGAUUUGGAGACUGUAGGAUACCUGUACUAGGUAUGGUAUGAUAACUAGAGAUAAAUACACAAUAACCAACC